AUGGAAGCUACCUCGUCGCCCAUGAAGCGACGCGCCGUGCUUGGUGCAAAGGACGCGAACGCGGCACUGACAACACCGAGUACACACAAAAUUACCAGGAUAGGAACACCAAUGCUGUUAACACCUUCAUCUCUCUUGGUGAGCAGUCCAAUGGGAGGAACUGUAUCAGAAAAAGGAAAGAAGCGAACGGCAGAAGAGGGGGGCGAAGAGGUAGCGGACGAGAGUCCGGAGACCAAGAAGACGUGUGUUGAUGGGACUACGCGGUCACGGUCACCCAGCAUUGAAACGAGCUCUCUCUUCGAUACUUCUGCCGGAGACGCUUCCUGGGCUACUGCACCAACAGAACCAGACACGGCCACGACAGCUGCAGAUACGCUACUGACAGCUACAAGGCCUAGAGCAUUAACGAGGGAGCAGGCAAGAGAGAAAGCAGAGAUUCUCCGAUUGCGACUUGGUCUCGCAGGAUACAAGCUGCGCACCGGCCAAACAACGAUUCCCCUCUCCAAACUCCAGCGCAAACCCCUCCCUCCAUCAACAGUUACACGCAAACGAGCACAUACCGUUACCCAUACGAAACCGACGAAUACGCAUAGUAGGGCCCAAAGCGCGGAUUCAAUCCCGCAGGUGCCCGCACUGUCACAAGUGUCGACCACCACAUCGGUAGCAUCUGAUGCUAUGACUCUACCUGCCUCUCAGGAGAGUGUUAUUGUAGAGACCAGGGGAAACACGCCUGACCGCAUUGAGUCACAAGAAGAAGCUGGGAGUAAUGAAAGAGACAAGACGGUUCUGCUUCCCAUUAGCGAACUGGAUUCUCCUUCUAAAUUCUUCCAGUCGAGCCCGGCACCAGCGCCGGUAUCAUCUCUGAGGAGCACAUGUACAGAUACGGCGUCAAAUGACGUAGAAAGGUCAUGA